AUGAAAAGGAGCUUGGCUGACACCUCAACUCGCAGCACGGCAGGUUGUCUGCCUGUACCUCUGUUCAAUCAGAAAAAAAGAAAUAGACAACCCCUCACUUCAAAUCCACUUGAAAAUGAGCCAGGCUGGGGAACUGCAAACCCGGAAGUGGCUGAACUACAGAAUGCAUCAAACAAUGGCCGAACAGAACAUCAGGUCGCUCCUUCCCUUAUGAAACCACUGAAUGCAUCAAAGCAUUUAACAAAUGCUGGAAAAAACUCGUAUGCCUGCAGGGCAGAAGAGAAGGCUCCCAGUACUAAGGUUUGGAACAGAAAUGAGUAUGCUCCUUUAAGUAAUACAACAGGUUCAAGAUCUAAUAGUGGAAUUAUUCGAAAGUUUGAGAGCCUUUCAAAUAGUUUGAAAACUGUUCAGCAGCACAAAACCUCUGAUAACCGUAAUUCAUCUCAGCAUGUCAAAACAACAGAAACCAGCCAAACAUACACAUCUAAAGGACAGUGGCCACUGAAACCUAACACUGAUUCAAGAAGUCUGCAGGAUCGUAGUCUCCCAUAUAAGUUUAACCACAAAAUUCCACAAAAUAAAAUGAAUGAAAACCAAUCUGAUUGUGUUCCAGAAGACAAAAGUCAGGAAGUUUCAUCAUCUCAAUUAAAAAUUAAAGAAAAAAAGAAUUCUUUGCGAAUCUUAUCUGCAGUCAUUGAGAGUAUGAGGCACUGGAGUCAAUAUGCUGAUAAAACUCCACUAUUAUUUGAAGUUUUAGGUACGCUUGAUUCUGCAGUCACACCUGGACCAUAUGGGGCAAAAAAUUUCCUUUUGAGAGAUGGAAAGGAGACUCUGCCUUGUGUAUUUUACGAAAUUGACCGUGAGCUUCCAAGACUAAUUAGAGGUCGAGUGCACAGGUGCAUGGGAAACUAUGAUGCAAAGAGAAACAUUUUCAAGUGCGUCUCUGUAAGACCAGCAACUAUUCAAGAACAAAACACUUUCCAAGAUUUCGUUAAAAUUGCAGAUAUUGAGAUGACAGCAUAUGUAAAAAAAAUGAAUGAAACUUAA